UGCCGGGCAGACGCCGCGGGUAUUUCAGGGCAGGGGCUCGCCACAGCUGCAGCAGUCCGAGGCGUCCAGUCUCUGCAGGGAAGCAGGAUGGAGCUUGAGGCACAGUUUCCUGGGUGGAGCUCCCCUGAGGAGGAGGCCCUUGGCUCAGGGACCAGCCAGCCGGGCCCGAGAAGGCUCCUAAAGCACAGCACCCCGGAGGGAGCCGCCGUCAGCUGGCGCUCGGGGCUGCUGGGCGAUGUCCCCUCCCCGCAGGAAGCGGGCCCUGCAGGUGCAUCCCCGCUGCCUGCACCCUCCUCGCAGGGCCUCCCGUCGCCCCGGGCAGGGCUCAGCCCCACGGCCCCCGUCAGAAAGAGGCGGCUCUCCACCAUCCGGGCCUCUGGGGUGUCCAGUGGGCAGCUAGGGUCCGACGCAGACCCCUGGGCUUUCGAGGAAGAUCCGCCCGUGCCGGCCUCCUUCACGCCACGGCGGCGGCAGCGGCGGCAGCAGCAGCAGGACGCGUCCCCCCAAGCAAGGAGAGGGCCACCACACUUAGGGUUGCCGGGGAUCCCAAACAAGACCAGCAGGAGGCGCCGGGACCUGAAGAAGCUGGCGGCUGCGUUGGAGCGAGCGAGGCAGUGGGAAAUCCGCCUGCUUCAGAGCAUCGAGGAGGCCACCCAGCAUGAGCUCACCGUCCAGGAGGAGUGAACUCUCCGCCCCGGGACCAGGACGCAGCUGUGCUCAGGAGCUCCUGCUGUGGCCUGAUCUGCUCAAGUGUCCGUCCGUCUGCCCAUCUGUCUGUAAACCCUGCACCUUCCUCGGGGCUUGCCCUGGGUCCACCCUUCACCUCUAUUGUGCCUCCUGGUGGCAGCGGGAGAGGGGGUGCAAGGAACUGGCUGAGGCUGUCACAUCCCACAUGUGGCCCUCGGGCCCCAUCUGAGAGGAAGGGCUGCAGAGCGCAGGUGCAGACAGGGGCGGUGGAUGCCCACUGCCACCCUGGGCAAACCACUCCCCCACUCCCCGACUCUGCCUUCUUCCCCAACACAGCUGGGUGAGCCUUCAAUGCUGGGAUGACACAAGGUGGGAACAGGACCAAGUUUUGCAGGUAAUCACCAGGGAGGCAGGCACCCCACCGGCUGCUGAGGAUGGGGCUUCACACCCAGCAGGCUUAGAAUGCCACUCCAGGAAAAAAUGCCACUCCAGCCAAAGCGGUGGCUCUCCACUGGAGGGCAUGCUGGGGGUUUGCAGGUGCUGGUUCGGUUCGCAGGGGACGGGAGAGCUUUGAACCUCGCCCCCUUCAGUGUCACCGGCUGUCUCCUGUCCCCGCCUCCCUCGCUCUAAAGUGGAGAUCACUGCCUCACUGCUUAAAAUAAGAAUCCCGCCAGGAGUUCUCUGAUGGCCUGGAGGGUUAAGGCUCUGCAGUUUCACCUCUGUGUCUCUGGUUGCUGCUGCGUGGCGAAGGUUCAGUCCCUGGCCCAAACCCACCACCGCCAGCCUCCCAGGUCCAGACAUGUUAUGGUUAUAAAUACAGAGCUAGGUUUUAUUCUUGGAAAUGCUUUCAUUCCUCACUUUACCUAAAAAUUGCUUAAUUUCUUUCCUUCUAAAAACCAAAGAAUGCUUUUGUUUCUAGAGCCACCCUGGGCUAUAGAUGUGACCUGGCUCUCCGCUGGGGUGCAGAUAAAGCCUAUGGCCAGGGCAGACUCAAACGGGCCCUCCGCAGUCUCAGGCUGGCCUGGAACAACAGGACAGGGCAGAUUCCAAGGGCAGGCAAGGUUGGGGUAGGGGUGGCUCAGGGUGCAGGGAGGCUUAUUCUGGAGCUCGGGAUGGGUGGAGGCAUUCGGGUCAGGAACUGGAUGGUCCUGGAAGAGCCUGCCUUUGUGUGGUGGAUUCGAAUAAAGGGCAUCAUGAGAUUCCUCACGAGAGGGGUUAGAUGCAGGCUGGGGGCUGCAGUUAUUGGAGUCGUUGCUUCAAAUUUCACCUGCUGAUGCCCUUAUAGACAUAAGAAUGUAUUUACUGUGUAGUGUGGAAAACAUUUAAGUUUUAUGAGCUAAUUCCCCCUUUAGAAGCUGACUAUUUAACUUGUUCGCUUUUUCCUUUUUUUAUGAUAAUUAUUAGAUUUAAAAAAGUUGAUCUUUUUGUUUUAGUUGAACAAUUAAGCAGCAGAAAAACUGCAUACAGUUACACAAUGUGAAGAUAAAUGCUUCGGUGUAAUUCCUUCCCAACUUUAUUAUCAAAAAUAAACUGUUUUCAUGAGAA